AGCUCGAUGAAAACUGACAUUCCUAACAAGUAUAUAUAGCAAAACUGAAGCGAAAUAGUAGUUUUAACAACUCAUAUCAUUUUUACUAAAUUAGGGAGACAUAAGUUCCGUAGUGAGGAAAAUCAGUGUUCUAGUAUUUGAGCGAGAUCCUUGAAGUACAAAACUGACGUUCUGAUACAUUUCAUAUGUAUCAGAAUAUGAUCAUAGUUGUAUUAGAAUGAGAUGUCGUGUUUAACCCGCCGUAUGUAUAUACCUUCGCAUCCCACUGUUCUUAAGUCUCUAUUAAAUUGUUUUCUUCAUGUGGGAAUAUUUUUUUCUCUUAUUUCUUAUCUGGUGGACGUAAUAAGUUUACAAUAUCAGCUAGGAUACGGGACAACAGCAACAACUAUUUCAACAAUAACAUCAAUUAUAACAAUAUCGUAAGUUGAAUCCAUGCAACGAAAUAUGAAAAGGAAAGUAAACUGUGCCUCAAAAAGAUUAAGAUACCACCAGCUCGGGAGUUAGCGCACGUGUGUAAUGCACAACUAACAGAUGUAGACGCUGGAGAAGAAAGAAUUAACAUAGUAAAUACCCUAUCAAUUCCACAAGGAAUAGUAAAGGUUUUUGGUAACUUUACCAUGGAGUGGCGCCUAACGACUCUUGGUGCGGGCCGACCAUGGCCUCCCUCCGAAGUCGUGAGUCCAUCUCGGCAUAACAAACGACCACACACCGAAUCAGGCCAAAAUUCCAUCGAGUACUGGGACUACACUAUGGAAUUGGAGAUGCUCAAAGGACCCGAAGACCUACAACUUGCUGCAGAACUGGGCAAAACGUUGCUUGAGAGGAAUCGUGAGCUGGAGGUGAGCCUCAAGCAACAGCAGACGGUAAUCGACGACCAGCGGCAGGAAAUAGAGUACCUGAGCAAACAGACAGCUGCUCUCAGGGAGGUGAAUGACUCACGUCUUCGUAUAUACGAACAGCUUGAGGUGUCCAUUCAGGACCUGGAAAAGAACAACCAGAGGCUGGCAGCUGAAGGUACAGCAGAUAAGAAAAAAAUAAAAAGUUUGAGUAGCACUGUUGAGUCACUUGAGGUGCGAUGUGAUGAUCUCCAAAGGAACCUGGAAGAAGCAAGAGCCAAAGUGCACCAUGAAAACCACCAGCAGCAGCUGCAGCAGCAGCAGCAGCAACAACAACAACAACAGCGGGGUCGUAACAAACGCAGGUCCCUCCUCUUUGAUGAACAAAGUGUCCGCCGCUCACAGUCAUGUGAAAGUACUGCACAGGUCUCAGAUGAUUAUGCACUGGAGGACUAUGAGAUACGAGCGCGUUUGGAGGACCUUCAAGAGAAGCUCAGCACCACACGGGAGCAGCUGGUAUCAGAAACUCUCAAGAAAGAAGAAUUGGAGAUACAACUAGCAUGCUUAUCUCAGGAAAAAUCAGUUAUGCUUGAUCAGCUGGCUGUUCUACAGGAAAAGGAACUAACUGUGAGGACAUUUGAUGAUGAACUUGCCUCACUGGAUGAUACUUCUUCUGGGCGUAUAUGCCGAAAGUGUCUGGGUAAUGUGGACGAAUUAGGAAGUAAUCCAACAUUGUACGACCUCAAUGACAGCAUUGAAGACACAGAUGCUUCCAUUGAAAGUAUUCAUGGAGAGUGUGCCCUCAUCCGGCUGAAAAAUGGUGGAUAUGCCUGGGGCAGCCAGGAAUCUUUGGCAUCAAUUGGACAGGUGGUGAACCAUGUGGGAUCUGAAGGCACAUCUCCUGGUACAGAGGCCAGUGAUGCUCCACAUAACUCUCUUCUGUCUGAGCUGGACACCUCUUAUCGCAUUCUUAUAGAAAAAUAUGAAGCUCUGUUAGAAGCUAGAGAACAACAGCAGCAGCAGCAGCAGCAGGAAAGUGUGGUUCAUCCUGGACUCGAUGGUAUGUCAGGACCGAUGAGUAUUUCAAUGACAAACCCAACAUCUCAAAACACAACCCUGCCUUCCAAGUGUCAGCGAUGUAGCACCUGUACUUGUGAUAUUGAGCCCAGUGUUAUUAAUAAUCCCAAAGGAAGCAUGCUAGAUUUAUCAGAAGUGGAUACUACUUCUUCUGGUUUCUCAGAAGGUGAGAGUCAUCUCAUUAGUAAAAGUACUCAGACAAGAGAAGAGCUGUUAGUGUCACAAGCUGAUAUUUUGGAUGACUUGACUCCAACCAUCCAUAGUAAAUGCCUUGACCUCAGCUCCCCAGUCAAUCCAUGUGACAGGAGAUUCCAGUCCACUCCAGAAUAUAAGAAGCUCUUUCAAGAAAUCUUUACUGUCUUAAAGAAAACUGUUGAUGAGAAGGAUACACAGUCUCAGCCCCCCAAGCCAUGCAAGGCAUCACAAAAAACAGAUAUUUCCACUGAAAAGAUAGUUUCUGUUCCUACUCCUUUAAGAGUUAAGGAACAUAACAAUAUCAAAUUGGAUGGACAGUCUGUGAUAUUUCCAGUAGAGGAGGAGACUGAGAAUAGGGAAUCUCUUCAGUCUGAAGGAAAAAAUGACACAAACCAGGAUAACCCAAAUGUUGGCAGUAAAUCAUUUGAAGAAAAGGAAGUGAUUAUUUUAUCUGAGCACAAUGACACAGUUUCUAGAGAGUACCCAAAUUCAAAGGAAAGAAUAGAGAAACAGAUAACAAGUACCUCUGACAGUGAACAGAACAGUGCGGAUAUCAGACCACUUCGCCCAGAUACUUUGGAUCUUAGCUCUGGGGGUGGUUCAAGACCAUCAAGUAGACAGAGACGCCGGCGAAGACAGCAACAAAUUACACAGUUGAAUCCUUGUCUUCAACAACAGCAGCCCCAGCCUGCAGACAACAGCCAAAAUGCACAUCACUCUUAUCAUGAAAGACAGCAGCAUCACAGUCAUCAGAGAUACCAAAAAAGGGACAGAGAUGGCCUUCACCAUCACAACUAUCACAACCAUAGACAACAAGAUGAUUUUCCUGACACACAUUCCCAAGAUGGAGCCCCAGCAGAGGUUAGUAAAACCAGAGUGGUUUAUAACUCAUCACGGAGUGGAGGGCGCUGUGAACAUCAUAGGUCACGAAAGCACCACAGAUCACAGCAGGAAAAUGCAGAACAGAGACAUUCAGGAUCAGACACAGAGUUAAAAAGAAAGCCAGUAACAAAAAUCAACUAUCCAUCUGUUGAAGUAGCCAGGCUAAGGAAAUUAGAGAUGACAUAUGCAGAAGUUCUCAAAAAUUCUAUGAACAGAUCUUUUUAUGACAGAAGAUAUUAAGUCCAGUGUUCUCCAAUGAUAAAUCUUUAUUGAAAUGGAAAAAUAUAUCAUAAGGUAAUGCAGAAAUAGCUUACCCAUAAAAAAAAUCUUCCUAUGUACAUAGUAAGAUCCAUAUGUACAGACUCAAGUCACUGCAUCUUCAUCAUAUAUCUUUUUUUCUCUUCUUUCUCUCUUUUAUAGAGUGCCAAGUAUAAUAUAGUUGAGUGAAGCUCAUUGUUUCUGUAUGGACUUUUACCAGCGUUAAUGGUGAACUAAAACAGGACAAUAAUUAUAGAAAAAUUUCCUUUGAACAGUUUUUGAAUUGUCAAAUGAUUGUUGUUACAGUUUAACCCGGUAGCAGCGGGGAUCGUGUUUCUUAAUGGUCCCUCCAAGCGAGAAAAAUGAGAAAAGAUCACCCCUUACACAAACCAUUUCAUAAUAUAUUUCAAAGCAUUUGUGAUCAGAUUAUGUAUCAUCUAUUUUGGGGGGUUUAUAUCAUGGCACAAAUUUGUCCCAUCGCUGCUACAUGGUAAAGCCACAAAUUUGUCCCAUCGCUGCUACAUGGUAAAGCCACAAAUUUGUCCCAUCGCUGCUACACGGUAAAGCCACAAAUUUGUCCCAUCGCUGCUACCGGGUUAAGAAGCAUGGUCGUACAAUGAUCAUUAGCUCAUUUUGUUUAUUCAUUCAGAGAUUAAAGAUUAUAUUCCUCAAUCAAUCAGAGAAUUCAAGGUGUCUUCUUUCACUUUUAUAGCACCUGUUCACCCAGUAAAGUAUAAGGAUGGACACGAGAUGAGGAGUUAUGUUGUGACCACACCAUGCAGUAGAAUCAGGUUGGUGAAAACACUCCAAGAAAUGCUGAAUCUAUUGUGAGCUUCAAUAUCAACUGCAGUAGGCUAUGUUUGGGCAUAUAUUGCCUUAUACCCUUUAUUGAAACAAGUCCAUUCCCACCCUUCAAAGAGCAAUACUGAAAUGCUCUAAGAAAAUAAUAACAUGUAUAUGCCAAAUUCUUAUGCAAACAACAUUUGGUCAGUGAAUAUUAAACAGAUGUGGUAUCAUGUUUUCUCUAGCAGACAGGUGCCAACUUUAACUUAACUGACCUCUACGGAACAGGUUAAAUAUUCAUUACCCUGUAAAUCUGUCUACUUAUAGCCAUUGUUUGUCAGUUUAAGUUAGCUUAUGUGUGCUUAGGGCCAGGAUUAUCUUUUACUAUUUUGUAUCUGUUCAAAUGCAAGUUUUAAGUACAAUAAUUAUGCUUUGAAGUGACUAGCAUUCAAAUUGAUAAUUGAAAAGACUAGUUUUGCAACUCCGUUUCACAUAAUUUUUCAUUUACAUUUUAUAAUUAUGUUGCAACAAUUGAAUAUUUAAUGCAUGUGGCUAACAACACUUUGAAAAUAUUUUUUUUUUAUAGCCAUUCAUAUCAAAUGACAUUUGUAAAUUGAUUUCACAUGACUGGAAAAAUAAAUUAAUUUUCGCUUCACAAAAUUAUACUUGAACUGUACAUUUAAAGAAAAGAAGCAUGUUUUCUGAUGACCUUUGCCAAACUUUCAUUCUGCUGUAUUUUAACCCGUGUACCUCAGUACGUCUAUGUCCAAACAUGUUUAGUGUCACUGGGUUGGUACAGGUAUUGUCCAAUUCGCAUGACCACAAAUUGGAGUAAAUUGGAGGCCGUGGCGACUUGUGGCAACAACCCUUACAUGAUCCAGAUCUAAAAUCUGGUCAGUUUAGUUUACCCUCUCAGUCUCUCUCACCCCUGGUGUGUGUAAUGGUAAAGAUGGCUAAUAAUGUACUGUACAACAGACUUGGUCAUCAGUUCUUUCCUGCUCUUGAGCAUCAGGGCUGGAUGCCAGCAGUCACAAAUAAUUUACUUUGCAAUCCAAACCAUCCAGGAACAAUCCAACACUCAUAUAUUAGUGAAAAAAAUAGCAGCUGUAUGGUUAUGAGAGGAACACAUUAAUGUACAUUCCAUGCUGUUGUGCUAGUCUCAUAAUUGGUUCACAUUUACCCAUUUCUCAGCCACUUAUAGCAUCAAGUUAACUGAAGUCGAUGGGUCAAUGAAACAAUUUUUUUUUAAGGUUAAAUGAUUACCAGACAAAAGUAAUCGGAUCCCUGUGCCUCUGACAGACCCGCGGGAUUCGGGUCCAGUAAUCAGGUCCCGCCCAGCCCUACUUGAAACUAUACAGUUGGUCAUUCUAGUCUAAUCAACCUACAUAUAUACAGUAUUGCUUAGAUAUUAUUGUAUGUUAAUUUCCAUUUAAUACCUUUGUCAAGUGCAAUAUUAUUUUAAUGAUCAUUAUGAAUAGAUAGGGCCAAGAAUUUAAAAUCCUAAGUUUUUUUUCUGUAUUCAGCACAUGCAUAUUAGGCAACUACAUUUGCUUCAUUAAAUACUGUGUAUGCACACAUGUAGUAGCCACCAUUAUUGGUUAUAUUAAAAAAUGCAGCUUAUCCAAUGCUUAUGUAAUUAUGCAUAUGGAAAACUCUUAAAAUAAAGACCUUCCCAAAUAUAA